ACGGCAUUUUAAGCUCAGCUCAAAAUCAUAAUUCCCAUCGAUCAUUAUUGAUUGGUAUUUGCUGGCAUUCGUGUUUGUAUGUAUGUAUGUCACACACACACACACACACGCAGAACUUUUUUUUCACACUCCCACCAAUCGAAUUCACCCAUACAUGUAUUCAUAUAUUUGUAAGCAUUUCGAAGAAAGAAAGCCGUGCGAUGACUAUGCGUAAUUGUAGGGCAUUUUGUAUGUUUUCCCCGGAGCUUAGUGCUUAGUUAAAGAAGUGGUUUUGUGACAAGACGUUCUCGGAAAUAUACUUUCGCGGUUGUUGGGGAAUUUUAAUAAUUGAAGAAAUAAUAUUUACAAGACAACAUUGGCAUCCAACACAAACAAAUAAUUAAUUUACAAAAAUAUAUAUACACAUACAUACAUACAUACAUCCACGGACCGAGCAUGGACACUGACAGUGAGCGCGAGCGAAGUAGUGAUCCCAAUCUAUUAACCAGUAGCGAUAAUCAUACCUUUCAUGAUAACGAUAAUGAUGAUGAUGGCGACUCCUCAGCGACCGAGUAUGGUGAAAAUAUUCGUGAUAUGAGACAUGUGGAUUUCGGUUCCAUAAGUGAUGUUGUAGCGCACGCGGGCAGUUAUGAGGAUGACGAUGAUGAUGAUGACGUUGAUGUGGAUUAUGAUGAUGAUGACGACGACGGCGGUGAUAACAAUGCUAAUGCGCCUGGGCGUGGUGAAAGAAAAUGUCUUUUGGUGCCAGAAAUCAAAGUGGUUAGGAGACAUAGACGUUCGCGGAGUAAGCAACGUAUUAAAAGACGCCAACAACAAUCGCAGGAGCGUGAGAAGGAAACUUCAAUUAACCCAAGUAAAUUUAGGCAUAAUAUUAAAAAUAAAAAUACCGCAAAGUAUACAAACUAUACAUCGGAAGAGGACGAAGAGAAUGUGCCAUUAAAAGCCCGAAACUACAGCGAAAGACAACGAGUGCAGGACGAAGACAAUUUGGGGAAAACACUGGUGCAAGUAUCCCAGCCGUUUGAAGUUUGCACCAUACAAGUUAUAAAGAUAAGCGGCAAUUUAGCCGUUAGCUCCGAAGGUGAAGAAGAAGACGAACCUUUCAGAAGUCUGGAGGGACCAAUAGAUCCCCUAGUUCUCAACAACGAAAUAAAAAUUACUGUAGCAGAUGUGAACAUUGCGCCUGCAGUCGAAUUGGAAUUCCCAAAGGUCCUUGAAGAAAUCGUUGCAGAGUGCGAGGAACCAGCUGAGCCACCAGAUUGUGCAGUGCCAACAAUAACACAAUCGAACGAUACAGGAAACCAAGUACUGGUUGAAGAAGUAACUGAAGAGAUUGAACUAAAACUACGCCAAGCAGAAACUUUAAUUGAGAGAGACAAUGAAAACUUCGAAGAUAACUUUGCCGAAAGAGUAGAGAUAUUAGCACUUGAACAACUACUCGAAACGGCACAUGAAAACCACGUAGUCACGCAUGACGAGACCAGCAAGCUCGAUGACGCUGACGCUGAGUGUAGAGAAGACCUCGGUUUGGAUGUACAAUGUUUAGCUACAAACCCCGAGCCAAUCACCACCAGCACCAAAAACUGCAACUAUACAACGAACAACGAAGAACACUGGCGUGAUAGUGUACGUGAAUCGAUUGAGUGUUACUACUCGGCGCAGGAUCUGCUCGAGUACGGACAUCUCUUAAGCAGUGGCCUUAAAACACCGGACAUUGAAUCUGGUUAUUUUGAAAAAUCCGAAUCGGAUAUCUCACGUGAUGAGAGCGAUAUUACGUAUACGAAUAAUUGCAAUCGUCUGAGGCAACGUUCAUAUUCGCAGACACAUACCAAUUUACAACUAUCGAAUAUGUCGGAGAGUUUACGUUUCGAGUUGAAUCGUUUCAAAACGAUGAUCGAAUCAAUUGAACGCGAACGUAUCUAUGGACCAUCAGCGGAGACGAAGAAGGAUACAUUCGAUACGGUUAUGAAAGCCGAGGAGAGCUUUAAUGCUGAUACGGAGGCGGAUGUGUCCACCGCAGCAGAUGCAGUUGCAGAGACUGUAUCGAUCACAGUGACAAACGUCGAGGGCGGUGAUGACGUAAUCACGGGUACUACUGCUACAACCGCUAUGGAUGUGGUUGCACCGGAAGCUAUGGCUAUAGAGGGCGCAGUCGGUGGCGGCGUUGCGGGUAUGGAAGAUGUUACACGUGGCUAUUGGUCGACCAUUUUCGGUCAAGCCAGUCAAAUAGAGGAGGCCAUGCCGGAAAUGACGCUUGACGAACGUUUUGCCGAUAUACAAAAAGCACAUCGUGCACUUGAAUUGUUGGAGGAUUAUCACUCGAGACUAUCGGAGCCGCAGGAUCGUGCACUGCGAAUUGCUAUAGAGCGGGUGAUACGGAUUUUCAAAUCACGCUUAUUUCAAGCCUUAUUGGAUAUUCAAGAAUUCUAUGAAUUAACACUGCUGGACGACUCGAAGACAAUACAGCAGAAGACAGCGGAAACUUUGCAAAUCGCUAGCAAAUGGGAACAGGAUGGUCAUGCAAUAAAAAUCGCUGAUUUUAUGAGAAAUUUUAAUCGCAAUUAUGCAUUCGCUACGGAACCAAUAUCCGAUCCGAAACAAUUAAAUUUGAUAAAUCCGCUCGGCGCAGAUCCUGCCGUGGAUGAGUUGCUGUUGAAUCAGCGCAUGAAAGUCGAUGGCGAUGCUGACAUUCCCAAGGAGAGCGCGGGAGUUAGCACUAGCGCUGCCGGCGCCACAGAAGGCAGCGGCAGUAGUGGUGCUGGUAAAGCGGCUCGUUCACCUGAAGCGGCGUCAACUCAAACUCGCCAACAGCAACAACAGCAAGCAAACGCGAAUGUUGAAGCUACUGUAAGUAGCGAAGCUGUAAGUGUGAAUGUCUUUAAAAAUGAUAAAAACCUUAAUAUGAAUAGUUGUCAGUACAAUAAUAACAAUAAUUGCAAUAAUGGCAAUAUUCAAGUUUCAUCCUCAAACAUUUGCGUAUCACCAAUUUACAAUUUUAAUUCUUUGCAAAUGGGAAAUUAGUUGCAAUUAUCAAGCAACUUACAUAUUCAUUUUACUAACGAGCGUUGAUUAAUAGGAAUAGAAGGUAUAUACAAAUAUUUGUAUACUAAAAAUUUGACUCAAGAAAAUACAACCAAAAUCUUAACCUAAUUUUUUACUUGCUUGGCGAAAAUAUUACUACAUUCUACUGUAUAUUUGUGUAAACGUAUUUUCCUUAUUACUUUUCCUACCACGGAAAUGUGGUAAAUGCCCGAAUAUGGCAUAAAGCAGUGAAACGAAAUGAGGUGCGGCCGUUUGAAUGCUUAUGCUGCGCCGCCCUCCUAACCAUUUUCCGUUUCCGCUCACUUACUUUCGUUAAUAAACAUUUCUCUUCAUUUUACUUAUCGAAAAUGAAAAUUAAAAGUAAACAUUAACGUUCCCUCUCAUUCACCAACCAAAUUAAUGGCUUUGAUAUUUUUUUUGUUUGUAAUUUCUUACAUGAGUGUUACUGGCGCAAGAAAAUUAAUUUGCUUUAUUUUGACAUUUGGCUUUUCGUGUGCCAGUUAGGGUUGCAUGGACGGUGCGGCGUCUGCUUUACCGCCACUAAACAUAUAAAUAUUAUAUAAUAAAAUGAAAAAAUAAUAACAAAAUUUG